AUGCGCCCCACACUGGUCUUUGCGGUCUUGAGCUGCGUAGCUCUUGCCGCCCCCCUGGCCACUUCCCCAGACCAGUCCAUCGCUGUCGCUCGGUCCGAAGAUUCUUUAGGAGCCCGUGACGCGCAACCCAAAGUUAUCUCCGUUGAUGAGCGACAGUUCUCGCCUGGAGGCGUCGGCAAUAUCGACUUGAACGCAGUUGUCGACCGGGUGACCAAGGCCCUCCAGCAAACUGCAGGCCUCACGGGAGACCAAGUUAAAACCCUCGUCAGCGUGGUCACCGGCAUCCUCCAAGGGCGCGGCUUGGACAGCAGCGUGGUUGGCAAGCUCCUCUCCAUCCCGUCCUCUGUCCUCAUCAAGCUCCCUCAGAUCCUGGCGCCCAUUCUCAUCCCCGCAACCAUGGGACUUCCAGGUGUCAACCAGAUCGUCUACAUGCUCCUUGCCCUCCUCCAGACACUCGGAGGUGGCCUCGGCCUUCUCGGCGGGCUAACCGGCGGUCUUGGCGGUCUCCUUGGCGGCCGUGGUUUAGACGCGCGCGCUCUCUCUGGCAUUAAUGUUGACGACGUGAUCGCCAAGGUCUCCAAUGCCCUCAAGAACACUGGUUUGGGAGAGGGAAGCCGCGACAUUGUUGGAAGCCUCGUCCGCAACCUCCUCAACGGCAGUGGACUCGGAAGCGCCGCCCUCGGCCAGCUCCAGUCCCUCCCCUCCCAGGGACUAUCGAGCGUCAUUGGCGCCCUAAACACUGUCAUAUGGCAGGUUCCGGGUCUCGGACCCAUCCUCGCACCCCUGCUUGUCCUUCUCCAACUUGUCCUCCUCACGGGCAGCAGCGGUCUCCUCGGUUCGGUUAACAACACCACUGGCGGUGUUUUGGGGGGCAAGACUGGGCCCAUUGGUGGGGUGCUUGGCGGAAUUCUCUGA